AUGUGCGGAUCUCUUUUAUCUAAGUUUUCUAAAUCCGGUAACAAAGUAGCCCCAAAGAGCGAAGCAGAUCUUGAAGAGCUCAAACCAGUCGGGAGUAAAACGAAAUCGGCGGAUAAGACGACGCCCAGUCCAGUGAACAACCCAGAUGUUGCAUGGAAAGAAAACUUUCAAGAGGAACCUGAGAUGGGAAGCUCCACGGUUAGAGAAACAGGUAGCAAUUCAGAAGAUUUGUCUGACAAACAUGAAGAUCCGGAGAGAAGAGCGCUAGACAGUGCAAUAGCUAUUUUGUCAGCCCAAAGAUCGACCGUCCCAAAUGACCCAGCGACGCGGGUGAUGCAGAGCGGAAGAGAAAUCUUGGAAGCUCAAAUAGAUAGCACGCCUUCAAGUUCAAAUACGAUCGCCUAUCAGCCUGCAAGUUCUACACGAUCUUUGCUCAUGGGUGAAACCUCCAACGCCAUUGCAUUUGAAGUAGUUGUCGGGUACAGGCCAACUGUCCGCCCAACUGCUCGGGUGCCACGGAGGCUGAACAAGUUGGAACGACAGCCAAAGAUAUCGAAGAAGCAGAUUAACGCCAAACAUCUGGCAGCAGAAGAGCGAAAACUAAGGGAGCUAGAGAACAUCCGUGCCCGGGCCAGUGGUAGGGCAGGAGGUAUCAGACCGCACCCAGCAGAGGCGGCCUCCAAAGCUACUGCUCAGAAAAUUGCUGCAAAGCAAGCUGCCGCUGAUAGAAACAGAAAUGAGAUGAUAGCGAUAAAGAAGCAAUCCGGGAUUAAAGUCUCACGAAAGAAAAACAAGAUCGCUACUGCUCAAGUAGCCGCCAGAGAAGACCUGCAAUCUGCUAUUAGACGGAAAAUGGAUAAGUCUAAGGGCAGAAAGGCGGAGCAAAACUAUCAGCGAUACACGCAGAAGAACCUGAGAGAGGAGCGUGCGAGGAAAGUCAGAGAGAACGUGAGUAUCGCUUUUUUAUGAGUCUUUAUAAGACGCGCGUAGACAAGAAUUGCCACUUUCUAUCACCUUAGCAACCCACUUGCUUUCGUUUACCUUAAUUAUACAAUAAUCUGAAGUUUAAUGCGACGCCUGUUGUUAUUUCAACCUUUGUCAGAUUGAACGUAUGCUGCGAGAAGAGGAGAAAGAAGUCCUUGCAGAUCUUCGAGAGUUAGAGGCAGACCAGGCGUAUUGUGCCUCUGACAGUGACGAGUCGUGGGGUAACAACGAGAGUGAAGUUGUUUACGAGUGGAAAGACUUCUUCAAUGAUUAA